CUUUGCAACAAAGUUUUGCGGCUCAAAAUUUAUAAAGAGCCGGACCGCCAGAAAACCGUUUAUUGUACUUUUAGGAACCGUUUAAUUCAUAUCUCGCCGCGAUCGAAAAAAAUGCGUAAUAAAUACUUUGUCGUUCUGAUAUGCGCUUCCUGCAUUUGUGCAUGUGCCGCUGUGCCGGAUAGCUAUUCCGGGGAUAUCCAAAACUCGAAUUCAUUGGAUUUCGGCAAUGACAAUGGAGGCUAUAGCUAUAGCUCACCGCCGAACAACAACUACCUACCUCCAGCCACUCCUGCCCCAGAGUACCUUCCUCCGCCAAACAAUGGAUACCAAUAUAAUCCACCUCCAAACAACAACUAUCUGCCACCCCCUAACAACAACUACCUACCUCCUCCUCCUGAAUAUGGACCACCUCCUGGUUAUCCGUCCUAUGGUCCACCACCUCCUCCCUUUUAUAAGCCAGCUCCGCCCAUGCCCUAUCAUUCGCACGAUUCCUUUUUAGAAAAACUGAAGUCCAAGAUCAACUUAUAUACCCUUGGAAAGAUAUUGCUUAAGCUCUUGAUAUUCAAGAAAAUUGUCAAGUUCAUUGGAUUAAUAUUCUUACUUUUGGUUUUGCCAAAGCUGAAAAAUAUUUUCAAGGAUGAUAUGAUGUCUGGAUCUGGUGAGAGCGAUGGAAUGGAGAGUAAAUUUGUAGAAACAGAUAAGGAUAAAUUAGCCCAACAAAUUGAAGAUCUUUACGAUUUUGUUAUAAAUUCGAUAGAAAAUUUCGAAGGAAGAAGCUCAUAGAUCUAUACCAAAUGUAGUUUAA